AUGCCAACGAUGUAUACGGAAUCGCAAGGAUCGCGGGGUAGUGCAUCGUGGAUUCCUUCACAGUCGCUAUGGGACAAAGUAACGUAUCGGAGCUACGACACACGGGUUGAGGAUGGGAGGAAUCAAGACCCGGAAAGAAUCCCAAUUUUGCGACAGUCCGGUUCGUCACCGUCAAGUGAUGCCGACGAGAGUUCUCAGCACAGUCCAGUUCCUAGCGCAUUUGCAGUUACUACAACCGUCUGCGUGGUAAUGCUAAUACUAGAUAUCGCCUCUUCCGUUCCAAUAGCACCCCGCAUGGUCAUUUUUGAGGAUAUAAUUUGUCGUGACCACUAUGAGGCGUGGCGUGAUAUUUCAAAAAUGGGAGACUGCAAAAUAAAUGCAGUUCAGGGCGAGUUGGCUUUGAUAAAUGGAUGGAAGGAUACAUUUGAAAAGAUUCCUGCCUUAUUGGUGGCAAUUCCUUAUGGAAUCUUGGCUGAUCGUGUUGGACGUAAGACGGUUUUGAUCCUUGCCCUGAUCGGAUGUCUGUUUUGUGAUACUUGGGUGGCAAUAGUCUGUCUUUUCCCACGGGUCUUCCCGCUCCGCGCGGUAUGGGGGUCUGGUAUAGGACAGCUGAUCGGAGGAGGUGGCGCAUCGGUCAUCGCUAUGUGUUAUACUCUGAUCGCUGAUGUUUGUGCUCCUGAGCAGCGCACCGCUGCUUUCUCUCAAUUAUACGCUGCUGUUCUCAUCUCGGAGUUGGUAUCUAUUCCACUUGGAUCUUCUCUCAUUUCACUGGAGCCGUGGAUACCAGUGCUGGGAUCUUUGGGGUUCUUGACCCUGGCAAUACUCUUCGUGCUGUUAUUCGCGCCCGAAUUUGCCAACUCCGCUCACAAACGCCAAUUUCCGCAAGAUGAUAGUCCAUCCCAAAGUCUGAAAUACGUGCCUUCGAGAGGGAUCGGGGAUCGGUUAUAUCACACUGUGGCCAAAGUGGGCGAAAGUUUUCAAUUGAUUACUAUGAGCGUCUGCCUGAUGCUCGGCGCCUUGUUCCUCUGCCAGCUGAGCCGGCAGGUUUCUGGCAUUCUUCUUCAGUACAGCUCCUUUAAGUUCAAUUGGGGAUAUGCAAAGGCCUCCUACCUCAUUUCCCUUCGUUCUGGGGUAAACCUCCUCGUCCUGGCUACACUAAUCCCAGCACUUAAACGGCUUUUUACCAAAGUAUGGCUGUGUCGUCAGGCACAGUCCGAUAAAUACAUUACCCUAAUCAGUGGCGGGUGUUUGGCUCUUGGGUCAUUUAUUAUCUUUCUCGCUCCUUCUCCCAGCUUUCUCAUCAUAGGGCAGAUCCUCUCUGCUGUCGGAUUUGCUUUUAUUGUUACUGCCCACAGUUUCUUGACUGCCAUGGUUGACCCACAGUAUUUGGGUCUUGCAAACACCGCGGUUUCAGCUACAAACUCCGUUGGACAUAUGGCCGGAGCGCCCCUUCUGGCUGGUAUAUUUCAGUGGGGAUUGAGUCUUGGGGGAUUCUGGGUUGGAAUACCUUUUCUUUUCAUCGCGGUAUUGCUAUCGAUUGCCACACUAGCCGUGUCGAUUGCAAACGCUUAA